AUGGCUUCAGCUCUCGGCGACCAUGUCUCUGUCCCGUCGGACCUGGAUCUCUCACUGGAUCUGACAGCUUCAGGGCAAAUCACCGAUAUACUUGAGUUUGAUCUUGAUGAAAAUAAUUUGGCUGUCACGACCGAAGCCAUCACACAAGACACGAGUCCCUCCGAUGAGGGCGGAGUGUCAACUCCAAACAGCACAUCGCUGGACGCACCGCGCCCGUCAGCCGCCAAGCGAAAAAGCAAGAUUGUCCUCGCAAAGCCGAGGCGAGUGCGGACAGGAUGCUUGACAUGUCGGGAACGUCACCUGAAGUGCGAUGAGGCUUUGCACCGAUGCCAGAAUUGCCGGAAGUCGGGCAGAGUAUGCAGGCGUGGAAUCCGCUUAAACUUCAUAGAUAUCCAGAAAUCGACGCCCCCGCACUGCGUAGUCCGUAUACCAGCGACUGGCGUGACCUUUCGAGAUGAGUCGCGGCUUAUAGCGUCUGAAUACGUGGGUGGGUUUGAGAGAUAUCCCCCCGAAGUGGCGGAACCUUCGUUGGAGAAGGGGAAUGCGACAGGGCCUUGUCUGACUCCUAGUCUGAGUGCCUCGUCCACGAAGGAAGGUCAUAUCAAUGCUACAAACCACACUUGUCUCAAUAACCCAGAAGAAGUUUACCUGCUACAGGUAUUUGUUGAAGAGGUUGGGCUAUGGAUGGAUUCGAUGGAUGCGGUGAAACAUUUCACGCAUAUUCUUCCAUUUCAUGCACUUGAGGAACCUAUGCUUCUUAAAGCUCUGUUGGCAUGCGGUGCAAGGCACUUAUUCCACGUGGACGCCUCGUACGGAGAGGAGAAGGCCGCAGAACUUCACAAUGUCGCCUCGCAAUAUCUUCUUCGCUCAUUACAAGACCCUGAUCGUGACUCGGCCCUCUGCGCAACUACAGCGAUUCUGCUGAACAUCUACGAGUUAAUGUCUGGCCGACCGAUUCAAGGCAUGAGCCACAUUGCUGGUGCGCGAGCUUUGAUCAAAGAGUGUCACUGGAAUGCCAAAACGCCGGGACUGGGAGGUGCUUGUUUCUGGUUGAAUGUAAGCAUGGAACUACUCAGCUGUUUGCAUUUCAAUUGGACGCUUUCCUGGGACCCGGACACGUGGGGUGUUGAACUGGAUCUGAAUCAUGCACAGCCAAGUGUUGCAGGCAAUGAAGAAGCGUGGACGCACCAGAUGGUAUUCAUUUGCGCCAAGAUUGCGAACUUUCGAUCGUUAGCCCAGCCGCCAGCACUGGAGGCUGCCAGUGACAUGCGAAUCAGCCAGCGUUAUCAGGAGUGGUGUACUUAUAACGAGUGGUGCGAUCAGUGGGCUAGAGCUGUGCCGCGGUCCAUGAUGCCCCUGGGAUAUAUUCAUUCGUGGCAGACAAACUCUAAAUCCGUCUUUCCGCAGAUAUGGCUCAUCAAGCGUUCCACAAUCAUCGCUCGACUACUAUACCACACUGCACGAAUCUUGCUUACGAAGACAAACCCCGUUGAGUCGGAGUACAGUGCCGAGAUGCAGACUGUACAGCAAAGCCAUGCAAGGGAUAUCUGCGGCAUCGUGGCACACUCCAGGGAUCGUGGAGUCGCAAGUCUAUCAAUACGUUUCCUCGCCAUUGCCGCAGAGUGUCUGGCGACCAGGGAAGCUCAACAAGAAGCCUUAGGUAUUCUCGAGGACAUCAUAAAGCAGACAGGCUGGAAAGCCGAGCACGUGAAGCAGGAGCUUCAGGAAGCCUGGGGCUGGAGUGACUCUCACGGUCCUCCAAUGCAUAUGUCGGAAGAUAUCCUGGCGUUAUUCAACAGUGACCAUCCUUUGGCCGCAGAUCACGCUCCUGCCCGGCCCAAGGUGCCAGCUGGAGUGAUCAAUCCGCUCAUGGCAACUGCGGACUUUUCGAUGGAGAAUCAUCCAUACCAGGACUAUUAUGUUGCACCACAUCGGUCCCUUAGCCAUUAUCCGUUCGGGGGCUUUUAA